GAAGCUGAGUGUAAAGGAUUGGGAGGUUGAAGUUGAACUGAAUAAUGGGAGAAGAGCUGCAACAUCAGCAGAAUAACCAGACAUCUAAUUAUGGUUAUGGAAGUUCGCUUGCCUACGAUCAAUCUUCUGCCGCAACCAAUGCUCUUCUCCGAGAACAAGAAAUUGAAACGCAGAAGAUCAUACAAGGUCAAAGAGAAGCUGGGACUUCAGUAGCUGGAGACUCUCAGCAUAACACUGAUAUUCUUCGGGAUCGUGCUGACCCCAAUGCUCUAAAGGAACAUUUGCUAAAGUUCACUGCACAUCAUAGAGCAGAAACAGCUGCAAAGCGUGGUGCUAGUGUGAGUACAUGCGGAGAAGGUAAUGUGGAUGUUGGAAACGGUUAUGGUAUACCGGGUGGAGUUGCUUACGCAGGCCACUCUGAGCUCAGUGGGAAGCCUGAACCUACGGAUGCUUCAAACAAUUUGCCUGAAUAUCUCAAACAAAAAUUAAAGGCCAGGGGAAUUCUCAGGGAUGGUACAGGGGCUGUUUCAUCCAACACGCAAGAUACAUCAGCGGUUAGUUGGAAUAGACAGACAACUUCACCUUUUACGGCUAAUGCAAGCACCUUACCAUUAGGAUGGGUAGAUGCAAAAGAUCCUGCUAGUGGUGCUACAUAUUACUAUAACCAACACACUAGAACAUGCCAGUGGGAAAGGCCUGUUGAGCUAUCUUAUACCACUUCAAAUGCACCACCUGUGCCUCCUAAAGAAGAGUGGAUUGAAACACUUGAUGAAGCUUCUGGCCAUAAGUAUUUCUACAAUACAAGGACACAUGUGUCACAGUGGGAACCUCCAGCUUCUUUACAGAAGCCUGCUGCCACAAACUCUAACAACGCUGUCACCCAAAGUACGGCUAAUGGGAAGGGGGAGCAUUCUCCAUCUCAGAUGCCAAGAUGCAGCGGAUGUGGGGGCUGGGGAGUGGGCCUUGUCCAGAGAUGGGGUUAUUGUGUUCACUGUACCAGGGUUUUCAAUCUCCCAGAACAGCAAUUCUUGCCAGCAAAUUUGAACCAUUUCACAAAUGCAGGAGAUUCUGGCCAAAAGGAUCCGAAUCAGAGGUCCAGUUCAAAACCUCCCAUGAAAAAAGUAAUAGGCAAAAAGCGUGCUCAUGCCGAUGAUGAUGAGUUGGAUCCAAUGGACCCAAGCUCUUACUCAGAUGCUCCACGGGGAGGCUGGGUUGUUGGACUGAAAGGAGUACAACCGCGAGCCGCUGAUACAACUGCCACGGGUCCUCUGUUUCAACAGCGACCAUAUCCAUCACCUGGAGCUGUUCUGAGGAGAAACGCAGAGGUGGCAUCAUCGCAGAAGAAGAAACCAAACUCUCAUUUCACAGAAAUCACAAAGAGAGGCGAUGGAAGUGAUGGUCUUGGAGACGCAGAUUGAGAGCUCCACUCAUCUUAUAAGUUGGAUCCCUUGUCUUCUUGUGCUUUGUCUGUUGCUUUCUCCAUAUAUGAUGUUAAGGAGACUCGUUUAUUUACUGUUUAGUGACAAACAAAGCAUACUUCAUGUG